AUGGGUUCAGAAUGCCUGGGUGAGAGGCGGGCUCUUGUGGCCUAUCUGGGCCGCUCUGGCAUUUGUGGCAAGACAGGUAGCAUCCAGGUCCUCGGGAAGGGAAAGGUGGGGAGGAAACCUGUCAGCCUUGCUCCAGAAGAUGAGUGCUCAGGAGCUGAGGGCAGGCUAGCUCACAAGCUGUUCCGCGACCUCUUCGCCAACUACACAAGUGCCCUGAGACCUGUGGCAGACACAGACCAGGCUCUGAACGUGACCCUGGAGGUGACGCUGUCCCAGAUCAUCGACAUGGACGAGCGGAACCAGGUGCUGACCCUGUACCUGUGGAUCCGACAGGAGUGGACAGAUGCCUACCUACGAUGGGACCCGGAUGCCUAUGGUGGCCUGGAUGCCAUCCGCAUCCCCAGCAGUCUCGUGUGGAGACCAGACAUCGUACUCUAUAACAAGGCGGACGCGCAGCCGCCGGCCUCCGCCAGCACAAACGUGGUCCUGAGGCACGACGGCGCCGUGCGCUGGGACGCGCCGGCCAUCACGCGCAGCUCGUGCCGCGUGGACGUGUCGGCCUUCCCGUUCGACGCGCAGCGCUGCGGCCUGACGUUCGGUUCGUGGACGCACGGCGGCCACCAGCUGGACGUGCGCCCGCGCGGCGCCGGCGCCAGCCUGGCCGACUUCGUGGAGAACGUGGAGUGGCGCGUGCUGGGCAUGCCGGCGCGGCGGCGCGUGCUCACCUACGGCUGCUGCUCCGAGCCCUACCCCGACGUGACCUUCACGCUGCUGCUGCGCCGCCGCGCCGCCGCCUACGUGUGCAACCUGCUGCUGCCCUGCGUGCUCAUCUCGCUGCUCGCGCCGCUCGCCUUCCACCUGCCCGCCGACUCGGGCGAGAAGGUGUCGCUCGGCGUCACCGUGCUGCUGGCGCUCACCGUCUUCCAGCUGCUCCUGGCCGAGAGCAUGCCGCCGGCCGAGAGCGUGCCGCUCAUCGGGAAGUACUACAUGGCCACUAUGACCAUGGUCACCUUCUCCACAGCACUCACCAUCCUCAUCAUGAAUCUGCAUUACUGUGGUCCCAGUGCCCGCCCAGUGCCAGCCUGGGCUCGGGCUCUCCUGCUGGGACGCCUGGCACGGGGCCUGUGUGUGCGAGAACGAGGGGAGCCCUGCGGGCAGUCUAGGCCACCAGAGUCACCUCCCAGCCCCCAGCCUCCUGAGGGAGGGGCUGGCCUCCCAGCAAGCCCUUGCCGCGAGCCGCAGUGUCUGUGCCAUCAGGAAGCCCUGCUGCACCAUGUAGCCACCAUUGCCAACACCUUCCGUAGCCACCGGGCUGCCCAGCGCCGCCAUGAGGACUGGAAGCGCCUGGCCCGUGUGAUGGACCGCUUCUUCCUGGGCAUCUUCUUCUCCAUGGCCCUGGUCAUGAGCCUCCUGGUGCUGGUGCAGGCCCUGUGAGUCUCAGGGGUCUGCUGCAGCCCCGGUACCUCCAGACAGGGACGGGAAGGCCAGGGGGUUAUUGGCCCUCAGAUGGGCCACCCAGUCUCUCCCCAUGCACCUAAGAGUCUGGGACACUUCUGGGAUCCUCUCUUCAGGAUCAGUGCUGAGUUCACAAACCAUGAGGGAGCACCUGUUGUCCACAUACCCUAACCUCUGAGGGAAAUCCAGAACUUGCUACUCCCCUAAUUCCUAGAGGAGGAACUCGAAGAAGGGUCAAGAUCCAAGCUCAGUCCUGGAGGCACAGAACUGUACUUGGAUGCUGAGCGUUAGAGGUUUCAGUGGGAAAGUGCAGGUUAUGUGAGAAACAGAACUGCCACGUUUCCUGUCUGCUCUUCUUUCCUCUUUUGCUGCUGUUACAGGCACUUGGUGUUGCCUGUCCCUGCCUGGGGGCUCGGGGAGGGGACUGGGAAUUCAGGACUCAUGGUCUAGUUCCAGGGCAGGAGGCCACACCGGGAUUUGGCCCCAGAACCCCAACUCAUAAUAAAGUAAGUGUGUGCCUAUCACCUACUUGAUGUCCUGACUUUCCCUUGGGGCCCGUGGUGGUGGAAGUUGGGGAUCCAGGUUUGUCUCUCUAGAGACAGGAACUUAGGACUCAUGGAUCAGAGCAGAAAUUACAUCUUUGCUGAAGAAAAUGACUAGAUUUGACUGAGACCUUGGCAGAGGACCUGAAGCACUCUGCUCUCUCUGCUGUUCUGUGUUCUGUGGGGUUAGAUGCAGUCCCCCCUACCCCCCAUUCCCACCCACUGACAUUCGGAGAGCUCAAAAGUGUCCACAGUAGGGGAAAUGCAGGGACAGCCAUCCAUGAAGUAUUUGUUCCUUUUUUUUUUUUCUUGGUCAUUUUUUGUUGUUUUGUUUGUUUGGGUUUUUUUGGUUGAAGAUUAGCCCUAAGCUAACAUCUGUACCAGUCUUCCUCUAUUUUGUAUGUGGGUAAC